AUGGCCCAGCUGGUCGUCUCUCUGCUGGCCCUCGCCUCCCUCUGCGCCGCCGCUGAGCCGGACUGUAAAGAGCUUGUCAAGCCUCUGGUCCUGGACAGCCACAGUCCUGUGAGUACCAGCCGGGGGGGUUUAGGGGCGAACUCUGUGGCCUCUGUCACGCUUGUGUUUGUCCCUCAGAUUUAUGGGAAAUGGCUUCUGCACGUGGGAACGUGGGACCAGCCGGACCUGAAGCGCGACCUGGUGUCGGCCAACAGCUCCUGGGUGGACCUGUCGGCGUCCUCGGACAGCGGGAUGAUCAUCAUGUACUGGGCUGACCGCCUACACGGAGAGAAAUGCCUUCAGGGCAUCGCCAACGUCACCGUCUUAGGGAUGACCACUCACACCACUUUCAUCAUCGAUGGCCACACUUCCUAUCACGACGGGAAAUUCUAUGAGACCUGCAGCGACUGCCUCCUGCUGGAAGACACCAUCCUGCUCCCUGACGGGAAGUCCAAGGGGAGAUACCUUUUCCUUUAUACACGGACCGGCGGUCUGGAGCCGUCUGAGUUGGAGACGUUCAAGAAGCAGGCAGAAUGUCUUAAAUUCCUCCCAGAGUAUCAUUUUGGAAACACAGAGCUGUGUCCCGACAUAAGAGAAACCCCGUCGCCUGCUGCAGAGAAUACAGAGAGCGAACAAACCGAGGCUGAGCAGAAAGCAAAGUAAAACUCAGAAAUGUCCUCAAGCAGCCGCACACCUGACACAAACCAGCCUAACAGAUACUAAACAGCAGUACUGCAUGUGACUGAUAUAAUACUUCACUGUGGAAUAGCCUUUUAACGAUGCAUCCUGUUGACUUUAUGUUUAGCAAUGGAUUGUUUUAUUUUAGCCCAAAAAAUUCCUUCUAAAUGUCCAGUCCAAGCUGAUUUAGGAGUAUUUGUAUGCAACCGUUUUUCAGCGAUCGUGUGUGAUGAAUAAAUGUAGUUUUUGCCUCCU